AUGCCUCUUUUACAGCGUUCUAGCCCCACAGACUUUGCAAACUCUGUUCUUCCUAAUCUUCAUGGCCCUCUCGUGAAUAUCCGACUUAAUCCAUCCGGCAAGGAGUACACGGUUUUGAGGGCCGUUCUCGUAAGCCAGUCUCAGUAUUUUUCAAGAAUAUUCAAUGGCAACUUCUCGGAAGCGAACGAGCAAUCAGCUACUAUGGAAGAACUUGACGGUAUUCUUUCUACGCGAAGCUUUGAAGUCCUCCUGCUUUGGCUGUAUACUGGCAAGAUCAAAUGCGGAACCCAAGAACCAGGUUCCAAGGCCGCAACUUUGAUUGAAUUUGCGCGACUAGCCGAUAUGUACGGCAUCAUCCAAGUCGAAGCCCGGAUCGCUAAACAGCUGAGAAAAAUUAUCAACCAGGAAAUUGCCUACAAGGGAAGCGUUGACAAGGAGAGCGAGGAUGGAUCCCCAACCGACAAUGAAGAUGACCCUGACGCAAACACCCAUUGUUUCACUGCAGAAGACAUUCGCUCGGUUGUCAACUUACCGAUGGGACAUCGAGUGCGCUCUCUGGUAGCUGCAGCAUCAGUUGCUGGAUUCUUAUUGAAGAAAGACUACCGAUUUGCCAAGGUAGCUCAGGAAGUUCCUGUGUUUGCAGCCGAUCUACUUGCCCAAGUUCAUGCCACAAUUGGGGGUGUUCAAUACGACAGCACCUGGAUGGCCUAUGUUACGGACCCCGUCACUAAAAGACUACUGUAUCUGACCAAAUGGUGA